UGUUCUGUCAUUCGCUUCGAUGACAGUGAGCAUGAUUUGUCUGUUCGAACCACAGUCUCAGGCGACGAGCACAUCGUCUUCAGCGGCGAGGAGAUUGUGCAGCGUCUAUUUUUGGACUAUGAACUAAAAGACACUCUCCCUGCCCUUCCCAAUCUUUCCAAGUCUGCAUCCGACGGCUGUGUACUAUGCUGCAUCUUCAAAGAACAGAUCACUCUCUUCUUAGGUCAUAAAGUAACUCAGUACACUGAGCUAUUCAUACACAAGCUGUGCUACUCUAUGCAUAAUGGCGAUGGUGACGAGGUCCCCCAGAGAUCGUGGCUACAGUCGCUGAACAUGUACUUCAAGCUUGUCGACGUGAACAUGACAGAGGCUUCGCACUCACUACGAUUGGAGAUCCAAGCCGAUCCUACAGCAGAUUACCUACCCAUCCAAGAGGCAGAAGGUCGACGCUACAUCGCCCUUAGCUAUUGCUGGGGCCCACCGGAGAAAGCCAAACAUCAACUGAAGACGGAGACCUCGACACUCAAAAACAGACUACAGCAAAUACCCUUUCUCACACUUCCCAAGAUACAUCAGGAUUCAGUCCGAAUCUGUCGCGCCUUAGGUGUACGAUAUCUGUGGAUAGAUUCACUGUGUAUUAUUCAAGACGAUAAGGCCGAUUGGGAUCAUGAAGCGGAACGUAUGGGAAAUGUCUAUGCCAACGCAUAUCUUACUAUUUGCGCCGCCCGGGGAGAUUCCUGUCUCGAUUCUUUUCUCGAUCGAAUCAUUCCCACCAAUGUAGUUACUGUCCCAUUCGUGUCUUCUAUUAACCCUUCUAUCUCUGGGACAUUCUCCAUCUUCCCUUCUCCACGUACGCAUGGAAAUUUCGACACAGACAGGAUGAAGGGUAAGCUGCUUCCCGAUUUCUUCAGGCCCAAUCCGCCUCCUCCCGACCCUUACCGAUUCGCAGCUUCUACGUAUCAACCUUAUAACCAGGAUGUACUGGAUUGCAGCUGGAACCGUCGCGGUUGGACCUACCAGGAAACACUACUUAGUCCCCGGGCACUUGUGUUUGGCGAGCUCAUGGUCUAUGCCUGUGCCGGCGGAGACUUGAUUGAGUCUGAGGAUGAUGUCGGCGACAAUCCACAAGCAGCCGUGAGGCACUUUUUGUGGAAGCAAGAGAAGAGCCUCACGGACCCGGAGAGUGAGAUACUCGAUGAUUGGCGGACGACAAUCUCGAGCUACACAUCCAGGUCACUGACCUACCGCAAUGAUACUCUCCCUGCACUGUCUGCUUUGGCGCAGAAAUACGCGGCAAGGGUCAACUGCGAAUAUCUCGCAGGUCUCUUUAGCGCAAAUCUGCACCGGGGACUUCUCUGGACCCCUGGCAACAAGACAAAUGCGGCCGAGUUUCUCAAGCCACUAUCAAAGGCUGAAUACAUAGCACCGUCGUGGAGCUGGGCGUCCCGAUCAGGAGGUUCAUCAUGGGUAUGGCACAUUAGAUCGUCCUUCAAGCGAGAGUUUCAACUCAUGGAGAGCAAUAUCGAGCUAGACGGCUCGAACAAAUAUGGUCGGGUCAAGUCUGGGCAUCUUCUACUAUCUACAAAGAUGUGCCAGAUCCCUACUAACAAAUUGCGCCACAAUCCUCAGUUUGUCGGUGCUUCCUACGAGUAA